AUGAUAUUUGGAAAUAUAGCUCAAUAUGUGUUCGAACUUCGAAGCGAAAAGUUACCGCAUCGCGAGUAAAUAGUAAGUUUGGCAUUAAAGAGUUGUUCAGCCUGCAACUCAAUGUCAUGCUUCAAGGUAAACUAUCGAUGACGUCAGUGUACAUCGCUUAACAAGUGGGAGUGGAUGGAUAGAUGUCGGCAGUCUUGGUUGUCGGUUUCGCGAAUCGCAGUUGGAAUCUGUAGAAGACCAAAUCGCUUCGAUGCAAUAAUGUUACGUGUUUCUUAGCAAUGUAGGCGCGUGCAUCAAUCGAAAGAAAAUUAAGUGAGUGCGAGAGAAAAAGAAAAAAGAAAAUAAAGAGAGAGAAAGAAAAAGAUAAUACGAACGAAAGAACGGAGUGUGAAUAAGUAAGAGCGAAUAAGAGAGUGAGCAGCGGCUGAGUGAACGAGUGAGUGAGCGCGCGACAGAGAGAGAGAGAGAGAGAGAGAUAGAAAGAGAACAGAAAGUGGAGAAGAAGAAGAAGAAGAAGACAACAACGACGACGAAGAGGAAGAAGAAGAAGAAGAAGAAGAAGAAGAAAAAGAAGAAAAAGUGGCGUGUCGACUGGUUGCACGUGUUUUCGCGGUUCGAUGGAAAAUCACCGAUAUCUUUUUGCGCAUGCCCGAGAGCCGAUGACGUCACGAAAAUUGUGGUUUUGAUCAAACUCGCUCUCGGACCUUUUUUUUCCCUCUCGAUUCCCCCCUAUCGUCCACCACCAGCAACAUUUCCACCACCACCACCACCAUCAUCAUCACCAUUGCCACCCGCUCGACCAUCCCCCGCUGCCCUCCAGCCCUCCUCCCUCCGCGUAUGUUGUACGUACGUGUAUAUACAAUCGUAAAGAAAUAAUGUUACUGCGCGAAGUCAAAAAUAAUUAGCGGUGCGAAGGGGGAAAUCGUCCGGAAGAAACCGAGACGACGACGAGGAGAAGGAGGGGGAGGUGGAGGAGGAAGAGGAGGACCACCAGUCGGUGACAAAAUCGUUUUUAAUAUUCCAUCCAGUGGUUCUGAGAAACUCUUUCUUCUCGACGACAUCGUGCAACAAUGGGUCGGAAGAAGAUUCAGAUCUCGCGCAUCACGGACGAACGAAACCGUCAGGUGACCUUUAACAAGAGGAAAUUCGGGGUAAUGAAGAAGGCGUACGAAUUGUCGGUACUAUGCGAUUGCGAGAUUGCACUGAUUAUCUUCAGUUCGAGCAACAAGCUGUACCAGUAUGCGAGCACCGACAUGGACAAGGUUCUUCUCAAGUAUACAGAGUACAACGAACCCCAUGAGUCCCUCACCAACAAGAAUAUCAUCGAGGCGCUCAACAAGAAGGAACAUAAGGGUGCCAUGUCUCCGGAGAGUCCGGAACCCGACGCGAUCGAGUAUAAUCUUACCCCGCGUACCGAGGCCAAAUACACCAAGAUCGACGAAGAAUUUCAGAUGAUGAUGCAGAGGCACCAGCAUAAUGGCACAAGGGGGAUGGGACAAUCUAAUUACACAUUACCAGUAACUGUGCCAGUUAAUAGUUAUGGUGAAUCGCUACUUGGAUCUAGUCCUCAAAUGGCACACACCAGCAUUUCUCCCAGACCUUCAUCAUCUGAAACAGAUUCAGUUUAUCCACCAGGAGGAAUGUUAGAAAUGAGUAAUGGGUAUCCUCCAUCAGCUUCUCCGUUAGGUGGAUCACCUAGUCCAGGACCUUCACCAGCACUUGGAGUUGGUGGAGGUAGCGCGAAUAAAGGCAGUAAUCCAUCAAGGCAUUCACCACAACCACCACCACCUCCACCACCACCACAUCCUCACAGAGCUAACCUUCGAGUAGUUAUUCCGACACCACUCACACAACCACUUUCUGAAGACACCAAUUAUGACAGCGGCCACACACAAUCUGCAUUGAAUACACCGGUAGUAGCAUUACAGACACCUUCAGUACCAGCUGGAUAUUCCAGUUUUGGUCCCACGGACUAUUCCUCAGAUCUAGGAAGUCUUGCAUGGUCUCAUCAGAGGUACGUUGAUGACUUAUCAAUGUAUUCGGCAGCCACCAUGUCCAGCAUCAGUGGUCUUCCUCAUUUAGCUGUCUCGAGUAGCACACCGCCGCCAUCGACGUCACCGUUGCCAGUGAAAAUAAAAAGUGAACCGAUAAGUCCACCACGAGAUCCGCACGGAGGAGGUAACAGUGGUUCAAGUGGAGGGCCAAGUAAUGCCAGUAAUUUGCAUCAUACAAACUUGAAUGUUGGUCCUUCGUCUAGUACAGGUGGCCCACCCCCUCAUCACGUACCACAUGCCGGCCCUCAGACAUUAAAUUUAGUAUCUAGCAGACCAAGCAGUAAUCCACCACCAUCCCACUCGGGUAGCAUAACCCCAACAAAUCUACCAUCUCCGGGUAGUGGGACAGUUGGUGAUAUCAGAACGACGAGUCAUCCUGGUAGUGCUGCCAACGGGGGAAAUAGUUCGGAUUAUGAAAAUGGACCGCUUAUGAAACGGUCCAGGAUUACGGAAGGAUGGGCGACUUAAUGUCAAUCCAAUUGUUGCACCCAAUUCUUUCAUACCUCGACGUACAACGGCAUAUAGUGCUUGUGAGUUCCAGUAUAUUAUUAUAAACAAACAAACAAA